CGUCGGGUUGCGUUACAUGCUCUGUGCAAGGGGAACAACCCGAAACGCAUGGGGUACGCAGGACCCUGAACGGAAGAGUCAUGUCGCCCUUGUCCAAUUCUUUUUCUCGGCUGCUUAGAAAUACGGACAGUUUGCAUCGACUGCCGGUUUCUUUAAACGCGUUGCACACACAAAGCGGAGCAAGAAGUCAAUGCGACCGACCGCUUCGCUCAUGGAGAACCAGAUCUUGGCUGCAGCGGUUCGGUGCGUUCGGAGUUUCAAGGAGAGCCGAGCGGGACUUGGUUGCCUUGACACAGCGUUGCCGCCCCCAAUGUACGACGGCAACGUUUUGCACCUCUUCUGACAGCGGCCAAGACAUGACCAACUGGCUGUGGUCCGUUUACAAUGAAACCAAAAAACAGACCGAAGAUUUGAUACCGAUAUUAUCGAGCAGCUUCGUGAAUCCGGACACCAUCUUCGCCAACAACGAGAUGACUCUGGAGGACAUCGAGGUCUACGGUUUUGAUUACGACUACACCCUGGCUUUCUACUCCCGCCAUCUGCACACCCUGAUCUUCAGCAUCGCGCGAGACAUCCUCAUUCAGCAGCACAGGUACCCAGACGGCCUUCGGGAGUAUGACUACAUCCCAGACUUCGUCAUUCGGGGCCUGCACUACGACGUCCAGAAGGCCUUGCUGAUGAAGAUCGAUGCCUUUCACUACAUUCAGUUGGGGACGGUGUACAGGGGCCUUCACCCAGUGUCGGAUAAAGAGGUCAUUGCCUUAUACGAUGGGUGCCAUGUACCACUGGAGAUCAUGAGUGACUUUUAUGGCAAGAGCUCCCAGGGCCACGCCAUGAAGCAGUUCAUGGACAUCUUCUCCUUGCCCGAGAUGACCCUGCUCUGCUGCGUCAACGACUACUUCAUGAGACACAACAUCGACUACGAGCCUGUCCACCUCUACAAAGACGUCAAGGCGGCCAUCAGAGAUGUGCACGUGAAGGGCAUCUUGUACCGGGCCGUGGAGGCCGACAUCGAGAAGUACAUCUGUUAUGGUGAAGAAACCCACGCCGUGCUGAAGAAGCUGGCGGAGAACGGGAAGAAGAUGUUCCUCAUCACCAACAGCCCCUUUGACUUUGUGAACCGGGGGAUGAACUACAUCGUGGGGAAGGACUGGAGGGAGCUGUUUGAUGUGGUUAUUGUGCAGGCCGACAAGCCGGGCUUCUUCAACGACCGGAGAAAGCCCUUCCGGCGUGUGACUGAUAGAGGGACUCUGCUGUGGGACAGGAUACACUGCCUGGAGAAGGGGCAGAUCUACAAGCAGGGGAACCUGUAUGAGUUCCUGCGUCUGACGGGCUGGAGGGGCUCCAAAGUGCUGUAUUUCGGGGAUCACAUCUACAGCGACCUGGCCGACCUGACGCUGAAGCACGGCUGGCGGACGGGGGCCAUCAUCCCCGAGCUGCGGAAGGAGAUAAAGAUCAUGAACACGGAGGAGUACGUCCACACCAUGACCUGGCUGCAGAGCCUCACCACCUUGGUGGAGCACAUGCAGGUGCACAGAGACCCGGCUGCUGAAGCGGUCCUCCAGGAGUGGAUCAAAGAGAGAGAAGACAUACGGUCACGGACGAAGAACAUCUUCAACAGUCAGUUCGGGAGCCUCUUCCGCACCUACCACAACCCCACCUACUUCUCCCGCCGCCUCUCGCGGUUCGCCGACGUCUACAUGGCGUCGCUGAGCUGCCUGCUGCGCUACGACUUACGGCACACCUUCUUCCCCCGCCGAAACCCGCUGCAGCACGAGGCCCCCUACUGGCCCGAGCAGACCAGCGCCGGCGCCCUCAAGAUCCCCUUCCGGCCCCAGAGGGCCCAGGUCACGUCCGAGUAGGACCUCCCACCCCUUUCAAACGGCCGUUGCUGUGGCCCUUGUUGUGCCGUGUUGUAGAUUUAAAGGUGCAAUAGGUAAGAUUUUUGUGUUAAAACAUUGUUACGAGACCGUUGUAAAUCCCUUCCCAUCGUUGAAAAAAAGGCUCACCGGCAUGUCGACUCACCCUCUGCCCGCGUUUAUAGUCCCUAAAUUCGGGUUUCAAGAUAUGCAGUUGACGGCCCAGCGCUCUGCACCAAAACAUGGUAGAGCUGUACAAUAAUUCUAGCUCAUUGGUUGAAAAUUGGUUCUAAUUGUCAUAGCCAGUGGCGUUUCAACGUCAGCGUGUUGGCAGAGAAGGAGCAGGGAUAAACAGUGUUGUGGUUUGAAGGUGUUUGACGCUGCAAUUCCUCUCUUGACCAUUACAAGUCUGAAAUUACCUAUUGUACCUUUAAUACUGAGGUAAGCUCCUCCUACCAGGACUGUGGGGGCCCAAUCAGAGACUGCCCUUGGGGUUCCUACGGUCCCAUUUUCGAUGUUGCCUAGCAAUUCCUGGGUGUUUUAGAUUUGCCUUUUGUGAUAUGAACCGUUGAUAGUUUUCAGCAGUCUUGCUGGAAUUUGGAGCAUUUCACACCAUGAACACUUCACCAUUUCUUGUGUGGGUGGGUGUGGUACAUGCACUUGAAAGACUCGUGGAAUAUGUUGUGGGAAUUGAUGUUCGCUUAUGUUACCAAAAGCUGAAUCGAGCUUUGACUCGGUGGGACAUACCUAAGGCACAGGCUAGGGUCCCGCCGUACAAGACUGAAUGGCGACGUUCGGCUGAAACCAGGCUUGCAUAGUGCAGUAUUUAUUUUCUAAAAUGCACUAUUUAGUCCGAGAGCUGAGCAGACGAGCGAUGGAGACACAGGAAGCAAUAAUCUUGUGUUAUGAACCAAGAUGGAUCGGAUGGACAAAUGAUUCAGGUGGGCUGCCAAGCCUAAGAACACGAGCUGGGUCACACUUAACAAUACAGUCCAUGAAUUUCCAUCAACUUAUGUAGUUGUUAACAUGAAUUAAUGACGGACAAAUACAUCAAUUAACUUCUCAUUAGUUAUUGCAUUUGUUAACCAACUAACGUAUUUGUGACAUGAUAUUUAGACGUUAGCAAACCAUAGGAUGAAUUUAUAAUUAGUUAAAUAUAAACAAAUACAUUCACAUAGUUAUCAUAGUUACAUUACUGACUUCAAUCCAGGGGGGAUUGUCCCCUGCCUAGUCUAAUCAACUGUAAGCCGUGUUUGCGUCAGCGAAGUAACAUUUAAUUUAAAAUUGCCAAUAACUAGUUAAAUAACUAAACUGUAGUUGCUAACACUAAUUCAUGAUGUACAAAUACAUUAACAGACCUGCACAGAUUAACGUCUCAGUCGUAGUUCGUUAACAAUGCCAAUUCGUGGAAACUUAUUGUAAAAGCGUUACCAAGAGCUGGACAGCAUCGUUUACUGGUCGGUCGAUACUCUCACAUUAACCCUUGUAUACCAGUAAGUUUUUUUGUAAUGUUUUUUGUGUUUGUUUGUUUUCAAAGUCAGUUCUAGAACUCCACUGCUUUUAAAUUACUGGUCACGAUCGUUACAUCAGCACAGUGUUCAGUCGAGAACAUUACAAUCGUGUAUCCGCGAUGUCACACCGUCAAGGGUUAAAGUGGCGUCAGGCAGCGAGAGCGAGAACCAGAUCUCGGCUGUCUCUCAGUGGCCGGUAACCACACGCCACUGGGCUUAGAGACCGAGGCAACAGCUGCAGGCCAUAACCUCUACAUUUAGAUCCGCCCCGAAAUGGCCUCCCUGCCCCAGGGCCUCGAAACAAGGUCAAAUGGUUAAAGCACAUUAUUUUAUGAAUUUGUCUUGGUGUAAAACUUAUUAUUUUAAUGGUCUGUGGGUGUAGUGAUUGGAUUAUGAGUUGCACCUUGGAGUAGUACCCGAGUAUUUUAUUUCGCCGUUACUUUCUAACGUGGUCUUUCUUGCGAUACAUGGGAAUGAGCCCAAAGCACCCAAAACAGGCAUGUAUAAUUGCCUGAGACAUUUACGUCGCAUGUUGUACAAUACAGCAUUUUAGUCGACUUUUAAAUCGGUUGUUUUAUUUGGUUUUUAAGACUUAAAAGGGAAACAGUGACUCGCUGUACUUCCAAUUCAUCACAAGACGGUGGGCCUGGGUUGAGCUGUCCAUCAAGGCUCCAUGACAUCACAGGGAACCACGCUUGCCGAGUUGUGUCUCCAGUCCUCUGCAUUCACCUGUAUCCGGUUGUGCUGUUUGUAUUCUGUAAUUAUUUAUUAAAAUGUCUGGCACCUUGUG